AUGCUGCUCAUCCACCAAAGCGGUGCGGUCAAAAUCGGAGAGGUGGUCCGCUACACACUCACCUACACGCCAAGCAGUGAUCGCAUCCUCCCCACGCYGUCACAUCUCCAUCUCAGAGUCAAGAAUACCUCGGCGAUUCCCCUCCGCGCCGCCUGGGUUCAUGGCCCGUAUACCCUUCACGUCUCGGCAUAUCCAGCGACCUUUAACCCUCAUCAGAAGGUUGAGAAUCCGAAACGAGAUGGCACACCGGAGUAUGAGCCCAUGGUCAAGGCUGGUGGCAGCUGGUCCUCCAAACUGCUUGUGCCGGACAACAUCAGAGAGACCGGAGCCGACUUGGGUCGGAGGAAGAGUAUGCACCCUGGUCAGAACCCUGACAACGAAACCAGAGGAAGUGUGACGUGGAUCAUCGAAAUUGCGUCUCAGAUCCUGUUCUCCAAUUCUGCCUCGGUCAACUUUGAAGUGCUCGUAGGACGGGACGAGAGGAGCUUGGAGUUGGGCUUUGCGGCAGUCGCGGGUCACGGUCAAGGCGGGCCAGGACAGGUCAAGGAUCUGCAGUCGGAGAAAGAUCGCAAAGAGGCACAGAGGAAAGGGCAUGUUCAGACGCAGGGGGUCUACUCUAAAGCUGUGAGGCUGGUUGUGGAAGAUACCGAGACACUGUGGAACAAGCCAACUUUGCCGCAAUGGGAAGAUGAGAAGAAGUGCGAUGCUCAAGAAUCAGAAGACAAGAAGCCUAAGAAGAGGAGAAAUGUGCACCUGGUCAUCGUCACGCACGGUCUACACAGCAAUCUUGGUGCUGAUAUGCUCUUUUUGAAGGAAAGCAUUGAUGCAACCGUGGCGCAGGCUCGUUUAGACGCACGAAAGCGAAGGCAGGCAUAUCGCGAAAAGAGUAAAGGAGACGAAAAGGUUGACUCCAAGGAAACGUCAACCGCGCAGGUUUCCGGCGGACAGGAGGAACUCAACAACGACGCAGACGAAUCUGACGAUGAGGAAGAGACCAUUGUGCGUGGCUUCUCCGGAAACGCUGUCCGCACAGAGAAUGGCAUCCAGUAUUUGGGCAAAAGGCUUGCUAAGUACAUCCUGCGCUUCACAUAUCCGGAUCAGCCAUUUCUUCCUGUCAAGAAGUCGCUCACGCGGAAGGUCACCGACACCUUCAGCAGCGAUACUGACAAGGCUAAGCGAAAUGGAAAGCCAGUGCAUCAAGGGAGCAGUGUGCACAGUCCGCCAAAGCAACAGUCCUUGGAUCCGGACAAGCUUCCUUACAAGUUCACCAGCAUAUCAUUCAUUGGCCACAGUCUUGGUGGAUUGAUCCAGACAUAUGCGAUUGCAUACAUCCAUAAACACAGCCCAACCUUCUUUCAUCAGAUUCAGCCUAUCAAUUUCGUCUGUAUGGCAUCACCCAUGCUUGGACUCAGCAAUGAGAAUCCUAUGUAUGUCAAGUUUGCUCUAGACUUCGGUUUGGUCGGUCGGACUGGACAGGAUCUUGGCUUGACGUGGCGACCUCCUACGCUUGCCAGCAAAGGCUGGAAUGUAAUGAUGAACGGCUUUGGCGCUUCUACCGUGCAGAAAGAUCAGGAUGGCAAUAAGCAGGAAGAUCCCAGCGCAAAGCCAUUAUUGAGGGUCCUCCCAACCGGCCCAGCGCAUCAAGUCUUGAAGCUGUUCCGUAACCGUACCCUCUACUCGAAUGUCGUCAACGACGGAAUCGUGCCAUUGCGAACAAGCUGUCUCCUGUUCCUCGACUGGAGAGGCCUAGGCAAGGUCGAUAAAGCGCGGAGAGAAAACGGCUUGAUCGGCACUGUUGCGGAAUGGGGUUGGGCAGAGCUCACAGGUGCGAACGCUUCGACCAAGGUUCGCGCAGAGCAGCAGCAGUGGGAGUCAGAGGACGAUGGGAACGAUCAGACUAAACAUGGACAGGGCGAUGCAGUACCAUUGCCUGGAGACAACGAGACCGCCGWUGAUAACAAACUCUCCACGARUCGUGUCAGCUACGACGAUGCAGCAUCAUCUCAGCAAGGAAGCACUGCCAGUAAAUCUGGUUCCCCACAACCACAGCAGGAGAAGGGCAUGCUCGAUACUUUCAUUGGUUUCUUCCGACCCAGUCCUCCGCAGACGUCAAAGAAGACCAGUAAAGCUCUGCGGCGUGGUCAGACAGUCUAUCAAUCCGAAAACACAAGCACCGAAGAUGUCCCCGAAGGGCAGCAAGGCGGUACGACAUCGAACCCAACGAUGCGCCCACAGCUCCCUCACGUCCAGUCUCAUCAUUCCACAAAGUCUCAUCGCACGGGCGCGACGYGAGGAGAUAGUAUCUACAACUCCGGAACGGGCGAAGUGCAGGCACCACCCAAAACUUCCAUCUUUGAGUCAGCUGGGGACAUCCUUCAUCCACCUCUCCCCAGCAAACAGUGGAUUACAGACCCUAGCACACGCGCGCGAACCAUAUUCCACGACCGUGUCUACCACCCCGAAGACAUCCCGCGCCCGCCCAUAAGACGCUCCACCAGCAAGUUAAAUGUAAACUCCAACCAGCGCCCAACGACCUCCUCAACCGACUCUGUCCGUAGUGUGGACACUGCAACUUCGUCCAAUGAUUCCAGCGGCAUGAAGGUAGAAGAGAAGAUCGCACGCGCCUAUCACCGUGAUCUCAGUUGGAGGAAAGUCUUGGUUCGGUUAGAACCAGAUGCCCACAACAACAUGAUUGUACGGAGAAUGUUUGCCAAUGCAUACGGGUGGCCCGUGGUAAAGCACCUAUGUGAUACACAUUUCGCAGACACGCAUGCCGCAAGAACACGAGAUGAAGAGGAGCCUGCUCGCGAGCGGGCAAAACCUAUGGAUGCGCCUGUUCCAAAGGACGGAGAGCGGGUCAAAGAACAGACAGACAUGGUCGUUCCUCCGCGAACGAACAGCGAAACAAGAGAAGCGAGAGACGAGUUGGCGGAUCUCGACGUUGUCAGGGAGGGAGCAGAUCAAAGCGCGAGCUCCAGAGGCCUCUCUUCCGUGACCACUCCUGAUCGGAGGGAGAGUGCUGUCUGGGACGACUCCUUCUUCGAGGGCAGUGACGGCGAAGACAGCGAUGCAGUGGAUGAGAGGAAUCUCGUUGCUAGAAUCAUCAACCCCAACUACGCGCUGCCAAAAAGGGGCGACUCUACGCCACCUGCAUCACCGCAGGCAAAGAAGAAGGUUAGCAGUGGAGGUGGAUAUACAGAGGGACACCGAGGCCUGGCGCCUACAAGUCCAAGCUCCAAGGGCCCAAAGGCUUCGAAACAGGUCGUCAAAUCUACAUUCGACAGUGCAGAGGUUGAGGAGCCUGUGAUUGCCCAGAGGAUCGUGGAGGAGCCUGAGAGUAUGCUUCCUACCAGUCCUGGGAGCUCAGUUGCAUCGAAGGGAUUGGGAUUGACGUUGGAAGAUGCCCCCAGUUCGAGCUUGAGUAAGUCUGCGCCAAAGAAGAAUGAUGAGGGACCUGAWUGA